CCCGUCUCUGGGCCUCGCCUGCCGGGAGAUCUGCUUUACGGAGGGCGGGAGCGAAGAUAAACCGCCCCGAGGAACUUCGUAGAGUGCUGGAUGAGGUUGAACCCCCGCCACCCACAUACGCCGAUUUAUCAACGUUUACGCGGGAUGAGUGGCAGGAAUUCAGGCGCAACGGUGCGCGCCGCGAAUUCGUGGGGGAGGAAGCCAUUGCCGAACACCUGAUCGCCAAAACGCGGGCACAGGCUCGGAGAAAAAAGCGGC